UUCACGUUUAUUUCCAUUAAUAUAGGCCAAUUAUACGACCAAAACGACCAAGUGUUGGUAGAAAUAAGUAAAUAUCAAUCCGCAAAGCUACGAGUUUUCUUUUAGCAUUUAACAAGCCCGUCUCUUCACAAUUGCAAUUGUCGUUGCAUCAUGGAGUUAGUUUACUUGAAUUCAAUAAUGGUUAUCAGUAGCGUGUUUUGGAUUAUUCAAAUUUGUGUAGUGGAGGGAAGAUCAAUGGGCAAAAAAAUACAAGAUCUUCAAUAUGGACUGAACAAUGUGAAAAUUAGGCUGAAUCUUCGGUCGAAUGAUAUAAUUGAACUUCAAGAAUCUGUAGCAGUACUAAAUAUGUCAUUGUUGAAUAUUGAUCAAUGUCCGCGUGGUGGAAUUAGCCAGAACGACAUUGAACGCAAUCUUGUUGUCGAUACGGAAGAGCCAAAGAGGAGAGUAAAAGAUAAGAUAUUGGUCGAUGCAUUUAAAGAAGAGAAAUCGUGGAUACGCGAAGAAAUAAAAUACCAGAGGAGUAUGGAUGAUAAUAUUUCCAGGAGGCUCGGAGACGUGCGACAACAGAUUACAAAUACAAUGGUCGUUUUAACUGACAGAGCUGAAGCCUUUGAAAGUCAGGUUGAAAGGAUGAUUACAACUGAGACCAGAAAACUGAAUUCAUCGAUAUCACAUACACUAAAUGACUUAACAUCUGAAGUGAAAUUAUUAAAAACGCGUAUUUUACAGAUUGAAGAAACAGCAACAGCUUUCAAAGAAACUGUUGUCGAUAUUCGCAAGCAGUCAGCAACGAAUUGGGCAAAAUUCACUAACCUUGAAUCCAAGAUCAAUGAUAAAAUACAGGAAAUGAAAAUGGAACUAGCAGCCAGGGCAACAUGUCCAUCGAAAUGGAAAACUUUUAUGGGAUAUUGUUAUCUUCUGUACAAAAAAGCGGUCAACUUUAACUUGGCAGAGACAAUUUGUUCACAGAGUUCCGCAUUCGUCGCUGAUAUUCAGUCAGAGGAUGAACUGAAUUAUUUAACAAAGAUGAGCGGACGGAAAAUAUGGAUCGGAAUUACUGAUAAAAAUGCUGAAGGACAGUGGACAGUGGUCCGAAAUGGAAAGCGUGUUGAGUUCACGAAUUGGUAUCCGGGCCAGCCUCAAAAUUUUGCCGAUUAUGAUGAGGACUGUGCAGCUAUGAAUUUGGAUGAACCAUGGCAUGACUAUAAAUGUAGUCACACUUUUGCGUUUGUUUGCAAGAAAAUGGUAACGUGACUUCAAAGACAUAGACAUGUUUUAUAUAUCUGCUAACGCUAAUUUGUACGGAUGUAUUUGUUUCAGUUUGGUUAGAUAUGGCCUAAAGUUUUGUUCAGCAUGUUCUAAACUAAUUUGCUCAUAUCAAUGAACGGCUAUACAAUAUUCAAUAACUACUGAAACCUAUAGCACAUAUUAUAUAUAUAUAACAGUUAAAGUCUCAUAAUUCCUUUGUUCAAAAUGUGGAUGCCACAGUUUCCGUAAAAAACAUAAGAUAUAUUUACUUCCUGUUGAAUACCUUUUCCAAUAACUGUUUUGUAAUAUUUGUCAAAGGUGCAAUAUAGAGAGUCUCAUUGAAUCGAUUGUUUCUGAUUACUUCCCUCUAUAGAUAUAACGGUAGAAGUUCAUGUGUAUUAUUACAAGUGGCGCAUUUACUACCGUGCUAUUAUACAAAACAUCCAUUUGGACAGCUGUUUCUUCAGUUUUUAAUAUAAAAUCUAGAGCCUUAUGGAAUUUUAAUUGAAGUUUUAAAAAUAAAAGUUGAUAAGUCAUUUCUAGAUAGUUACCGUACAUUGUAGAGAUAAUUCCUAGGGCUAUGUGUUGUACAUUGUAUGUGUACCAGGAACUAAUCAUUUAACAUUUUACACCCUAAAAUGGAAUUACUAGUACUCGAGUUUGAAGUAUGACUCUGAUCUUAUUUUAAAUAAAGUACUGUUAUGGUUUUAUUUGCUUGUAUAUGAUUAUGAUUUCGCUUGAGUUAUUCUCGUUUUCCUCCCAAUUGCUUUUGGGAUAUAACUGAGCUCCGCUGUGCAGAAACCAACGUUAGGGCUUUGCGACCAAUAUGGAUACAGAUCACCCUGUAAAUCCGUGCAUUUUGAUCUGUAUCCAUACUGUUCGUUUGUCAGUUGUAUGCUAGCGCUGAAAUUGAUAGACGAAUAGUAUGGAUAAAGGGAUGAACGAAAAAUAUGGUUGUUUACUGGUCUGGAUCCUUGCUGGCCAAAUGUGUAUGGGGAUGAACGAGCAAUACGGAUGAGCAUGGUCUGGAUUCUUGCUAGCCAAACGUAUCUGGGGUUGAACGAACAAUAUGAAUAGGCGAUGGUCUGGAUCCUUGCUGGCCAAACGAAGAUGGGUAUGAACGAACAAUAUGGAUGUGAGAUGGUCUGGAUCCUUGCUGACCAAACGGAUAUGGAGAUAAAUGAACAAUAUGUAUAUGCAUUGAUCUAGAUCCUUGCAGGCCAAAUGUAUAUGGAGAUAAACGAAAAAUAUGGAUGUGCGAUGUUCUUGAUCCUUGUUGGCCAAAUAUAUAUGGAGAUAAACAAACAAUAUGGCUGUGUAGUCAAGGCACUAACGAGACCAAGGAUGGAGGAAAAUGCUUUUCAUCUCCUUGAUCGGUCUGAACAAGUGAUGAUGGUCAGGCUCCGCUCAGGGCACAACAAGCUCAAUACUCACAUGUACAAGAAAUACAGACUGACAUCAUCGCCAACUUGUCCAUGUGGUGAAGAAGAUCAGACUGCGGAGCAUAUACUUCAGAGAUGUAAAAGGCAUGACCAGGAGCGAGCUGCGACUUGGCCGAUAGAUACCUCAAUCCGCCAGAAAUUGUAUGGAGGCAUUGAGGAUCUGCGACAAACCACAAGUUUCAUCGAGGCUACUGUUCUGACAGUGUAGUCGCGAACGAUAAGAAGAAGAACAAACAAUAUGGAUGUGUUAUGGUCUGGAUCCUCGCUGGCCAAACGGAUAUGGAAAUAAACGAACAAUAUGGAUGUGCGAUGAUCUAGGUCCUUGCUGGCCAAAUGUAUUAUGGGGAUGAACGAAAAAUAUAGUUGUGCACUGAUCUGGAUCCUUGCUGGUCACAAAGCCUUAACGUUGGUUUUCGCACAUUGUCAUCUAAAUAAUAAUGUGUUGACACAUAAAACCAAAUAUUUUCCCCUAAGCACUGAAAACAUGAAAAUAAAUAGAUUCUGAUUAUUAAUGGUUUGUGUAUUUUUAAAAGUCAUAGAUUUGCUUAUACACUGUAUGUAUUAUUAGUGUUUCAUUAUGUAGGGUAUUUGAGAAUUCACUGAAGAUGUGAAAAUAAAAUAUUUAUUGUCAAAAGUUAUAAAUUUAUUUUACUAGAUUGUUGUAUUAUGCAGGGUAUUUGAAAAAGCACCGAAAUUGCAAAAAUACACGAUAGACUGUAUUGAGACAACUCAAUAUAGUGGUUUAUGUAUUAUUAAAUGUCAUAUAUUUGCUUAUCUGUAUUUAAUGCUGAAGUGAAAGUUUAAUAUUGGUUAUUGGUUAAAGUAUUUUAUCAAUAAAAUAUCAUUA